UGGUGGGUCGGAGCAAGGAAUUUUUGCCGCCGACUCGUGCUGCUGCCCUUGGCUAAGCGGUGCGCGCGGGGCUGCCGCCGCCAUGCCGAUGAAGGGCCAGUUCCCCAUCCGCAGGACGCUGCAGUACCUGAGCCAGGGCGACAUCAUCUUCAAGGACGCCGUGAAGGUGAUGACGGUGAACUACAACACGAGGGGGCCUCUCGGCGAAGGAGCCAGAAAAUUUGUGUUUUUCAACAUACCUCAGAUUCAGUACAAAAACCCUUGGCUUCAGAUUGUGAUGUUUAAGAACAUGACACCAUCACCAUUCUUAAAAUUCUAUUUAGAUACUGGAGAGCAAGUCCUGGUUGAUGUGGAAGAGAAGACUAACAAAGAGAUCGCAGAACAUGUUAAGAAAAUUCUUGGUAAAAGCGAGAAAACACUGCAGGAAGAAGCACGGGAGAAAAUGAAGCUACGGCAUCCCGCAACGUUUGGCCCCAAAAAGUACCACUUGCGGGAAUGUAUGUGUGAAAUUGAAGGCCAAAUUCCCUGCCCUGGUAAAGUGCCACUACCAAAGGAGAUGACUGGGAAAUAUAAAACUGCCAUGAAAGAGAGUGCUGCUUCCUAAGCCAACUUUCUACAGCAGGGAGUAAAGCAUUCGGACUGACAAGAAAGAGGGCAUCUUAACACUGAUGACAACACAUUGGUCUUUUUACAAACCACCAUUUAAGUAACAGAAAAAUAUCUGGACUUACUUAAAACAAGUAAGGGUGAAUCUUUUAAAUAAAUUCUGCAAUUCUU